GGUUAUAUCGGUCGUGUCGCGUCACGCGUUUCAUCCUUCCACCGUGUAGUCGUGCGCGUCUUUUCUCUUCCUGACCCAGUUAUAGUAAACAGUAGACGGGCAUGCGAUAAGCGUGCGCUACUCAAGGGCCUCCGAGUAAGAGGGAGAGAGAGAGAGAGAGAGAGAGAGAGAGAGAGAGAGAGACAGGAACCCUUGCGUUCUAUCAUUCAAUCUGGUGUUUUUUUUUUUUUCAUUUUCGAUCUUUGCCAUUUUGCUCGCGCGGUUAAUUUCGACGCGGAUAAGUGAAUUGGAAAAUUUUUCUUUCAGUCCAAGUUGCACAAUCGUUUCACCAUCUUUUCUUAUCGCGUAUCAACACUUUCGGAUUUGUGAAAUUGUGCGAACAUUACGAUAUUCCGAAGGACAGUCGUCCGGUCGAAACGAAUCACACGGCGUACCCCCCUAGCCCCGAACUUUCUCUAAUUACCAUGUUGUCACCACUAUAGCGUACUACAUGUGACGAAUAAAGUCAAUUAAUCUCAAUUUCUGGCAGCGGAUGAGAAGAAUAAAAAGUUAUUCAUCGACCUGUUGUGAGUGAUAGUGACGCAAUUGAGAAUUUACUGUUUAUUCAGUGCGGUGAAUUCUCCGAACGGUUACAGAUAUCUAGAAAUGGAUACCUUUUUAAUAAUAGGAAUGUUUGUCCUCUGCUACGAGGUGUGUGAUUUGAUACGACAUUAUGCAACCUCCAGGUCGGCGAAUGAGACCGAUCAAAACGUAACCGAUUCGGAACAACCUUCACCAGGAGUAUUUUCAAUAUCACAGAAAAUGCAGAAUUCACCGGCCUGUUGCUCUCAAUAGGGUUAUCACUUUAUUAUCACCAAUUAGUUAUUGCCCGUUGAACGGUUCGUUAGACGUUGGUCUAUUCGGUCAGUAAAUCGAAUUUCGAAGUGCGAUAGGAUCUAGAUCAAUUGGCGAUAUUGACGCUCACAUAACGACUCGUCAAAUUGCGCGGGGGUCAGUUCCGCAGCGUUGUCGCGAUUUGUGAAAGAAUUAAUGUUAAUCCUUUGACGUCAAUUUGACGGGUUUGUCCAUUGAAAUUUUCACCUUUCAAUCAAAGACGUUAAUGUGAUUGACGCGCGAGUGUGGGUGAAGGUGUCGGUGGGGCUUUGUCCGCAAUUGCAUAUGUUCGCGUCAGUGCUGAUGAGGGUGGGUGCCUAUGUUGGCAUCAUGGGACACAAACCCUGGCUCCUCACUUGAACCGAAUGUCGGCUCGGUGCAUCAAGACUGAUACCAAAAUUGUUAACACUCGCGGAAUAUGCUAAAAUCUUUAUCGGAGUUUGUAAAGUCGCCUACAAUUCCGAUUGCCUCAAUUCUGAGGGGCAGUAGCAGGGGCUUAUUAAACGUGAGUGAGUCGCGAUUGCGGCAGAAGCUAAAAAGUUCUGUGGAAAAGCUUUUUCAAGUACAGAUAGUGGAAGCUAGUAAAUCUCGUAGCGCGAGCGUCUCGAAACUUGUGUUUUAGACGUUUGUCUCUCCAACGAGUUUGGGUUGUUUGCGUAAUUAUGAUGAAAGUUAAAUUUUGAGGAAAAAGCGUUUCUUUUCUUUCGAAACGGGCAACGAGAUCGUUACGAAGAAUUUCAAUUGGUAUACAGUUCCAUCGGCUUUCAUCAUUAAUAAGUUACACACUUCAUAGUAUUGUAAAUCAAAUGACGUUUUGAGUUUUUUCUUGCAAUACGAGAGACACGCUACGAACAUACGGGUGUAAUAUUCGAAAAACGAGUACGCCAAACGUUCAUGAGAAAGAAACGUGUGUUUACGAUUGGUGGUAACGGUUAUAGUGAACUCUGUGAAUCUAUCAAAAGUCGAACUGCUCCAUGCUGGAUAGUGUAUGGCCAAUCACUUGGAGCAAUUUUAUGAAAUUGAUGACGGACGCGCAGUGUGUUCUAGAUGUGUUUUUCGGGUCAAUCAAAUCGCCUAGACAAACCUAUUCUCUCGGUAAUUGAUUCGUGCCGAUCAUUGGCCGACUUUGUCCUAGGAAGGGAGAUUAUAUGCGGCGUUGAGUUGGAAUUAACCGAGUUGCCUCUCCUUGUAUACAUACAUCAGAGACAAAUCCGAGUAUUAUAUCCGCCAGCAUCAAAUGGUACAAUGUGUCCGAAUAUCUACCAAUGAGGCUAUAUAGCUGUCAGCCGAAUUGAUCAGUUUAUUAUUUCGCAUUCCAUAGAUAUUCGGCUCACCAAUCGGAUCCCACAAAGAACAAACGAGUUUAUCCUCCCUCAUCAAUGGAUUCUGGUUUUUGUCAGAUCGGAAGAGCUUAGAAAAUUGCCGUUACUCGGAUUAACGCGUAACUCGAAAGGGUGUGGUUUGUGAAAAAUCGACUUCGAAAGAGAUAUGAAAAACAAUAGAUAACCGUCGGUCGGGGUCUUUUGUUAACGAGAUGCGUUCGUGAUCUGUGUUCUAUCCUACGAACGUACGGCACCACACGUCGCAGCAGAGAUUCAAGGAUUAUAGAGAGGGAUGGACUCGCUCGAGCGACUAAUGAGCGCGGCUCCUCAUCAUCCAGCACUCACUGCCGCGUCGCGCACCCAAAAUGCUUGCGUACAGGCAAGUUUGUGCUCAGUUAUUGGGCGCAAAGGUCGCCAUUUGACCGGAACUUUUUGUCUAACCGGUGACACGAUGGAGGGCAUCAUACAGUGCCUCGUGUUCCUCAAAGCUUUUUCGUUGGUUGGUGGAGAGUUCGACAUGGAACUGAAUUUUGUGAUUCAGGAUGCUCAGAAUAUCAGGCAUAUGUUGGAACUACUAGAUCAUUGUCCUCCGAAUCUCCAGGCUGAAAUAUGGAGCGUAUUCAUCGCCAUUUUGAGGAAAAGCGUGCGCAACUUGCAGGCCUGCACGGACGUCAAUCUUAUCGAGCACGUGUUGCAUCGUUUGUCGAGGGCAGAAACCGUCGUCGCAGAUUUACUUAUCGAUAUGCUGGGCGUUCUCGCGAGUUACAGCAUAACGGUGAAAGAAUUGAAGCUUUUAUUUGGCGCGAUGAAAGCGGUGAAAGGAAAAUGGUGUAACGAAGUAAUAAAUGAUUUCCAGCCACGACAUUCAGCGAAAUUGCUGAACGUACUUCGCCAAAUGCCACAACGAAACGGACCCGACGUGUUUUUUAGUUUUCCCGGGAGGAAAGGAUCGGCUGUUGUUUUGCCGCCAAUGGCGAGGUGGCCGCACGAGAGUGGUUUCACUUUUACAACGUGGUUUCGUCUCGAUCCCAUAAACUCGGUUAAUAUCGAGAGGGAAAAGCCGUACCUCUAUUGCUUCAAAACUAGCAAGGGCGUCGGUUACUCGGCACAUUUCGUAGGUAACUGCUUGGUCCUUACUUCGAUGAAAGUUAAAGGCAAGGGCUUCCAGCAUUGUGUCAAAUACGAAUUUCAACCGCGAAAGUGGUACAUGAUUGCCGUAGUGUACAUAUAUAAUAGGUGGACGAAGAGCGAAAUAAAGUGUCUAGUUAAUGGCCAGUUAGCUUCGAAUACGGAAAUGGCGUGGUUCGUGUCGACGAAUGACCCCUUCGAUAAGUGCUACAUAGGCGCCACACCUGAAUUAGACGAGGAGAGAGUUUUUUGUGGCCAGAUGAGCGCCAUCUAUUUAUUCAGCGAGGCUCUUACCACUCAUCAAAUUUGUGCGAUGCACAGAUUAGGUCCUGGCUACAAGAGUCAAUUCCGGUUCGACAACGAGUGUUACCUGAAUCUACCCGACAAUCACAAAAGGGUGAGUGACGAGCAGGAGCUCGCGAGCAUGGUGGACCAAAGUAUGCAAACUGUCCUUUACGAUGGGAAGCUGUCCAAUGCAAUUGUGUUCAUGUAUAACCCGGUAGCAACGGAUUCUCAGCUCUGCCUGCAGAGUGCACCUAAAGGAAAUGUCUCUUACUUUGUACACACACCACACGCUCUCAUGCUCCAGGACGUCAAAGCCGUCAUAACUCACUCGAUACACAGCACGCUGAACUCCAUUGGUGGAAUACAAGUACUUUUUCCACUUUUUUCCCAAUUGGACAUGCCUUACGAUUGUAUAGCACCGAACGACAUCAAAAGAGAUCCAACGUUAUGUUCAAAAUUAUUGGGUUUUAUUUGCGAUCUGGUGGAAACGUCGCAAACGGUCCAGCAACAUAUGGUACAAAAUCGUGGAUUUUUGGUAAUAAGUUUUAUGCUUCAACGAGCUAGCAGAGAUCAUUUGACGACUGAAGUUUUGGCAUCAUUUCUCGAGUUGACUAAACAUUUGGUCACUUGCCUCAGCGCCAACAGCGAUCUACUUCUCAAGCAGCUGUUGGAUCACGUACUCUUUAAUCCUGCAUUGUGGAUUUACACACCGGCGCCAGUACAAACGAGACUCUAUUCUUACUUGGCGACAGAAUUUUUGAGCGACACCCAGAUAUACUCAAAUGUCAGACGCGUGUCAACGGUUCUUCAGACCGUCCACACUCUCAAAUAUUACUAUUGGGUUGCAAAUCCACGGGGUAAAAGUGGCAUAACGCCUAAAGGAAUGGACGGCCCGAGACCACAACAAAAAGACAUUCUCACGAUAAGAUCUUACAUACUGUUAUUCCUGAAGCAACUUAUUAUGAUCGGAAAUGGCGUUAAAGACGACGAGCUACAAAGUAUUCUCAACUACUUGACGACGAUGCACGAGGACGAAAAUCUUCAUGACGUGCUACAAAUGUUGAUAUCAUUAAUGUCGGAGCAUCCCUCGUCGAUGGUGCCUGCUUUCGAUGCGAAACAAGGUGUCCGAACCAUCUUCAAAUUGCUCGCCGCCGAAAGUCAAUUGAUAAGAUUACAGGCUCUCAAAUUACUAGGAUUUUUUCUAAGUCGAAGCACGCACAAAAGAAAAUACGAUGUUAUGAGUCCACACAAUUUGUAUACACUGCUGUCCGAAAGAUUGCUACUCAAUGAGGAAACCCUUCUGCUACCAACUUACAACGUUCUGUACGAGAUCAUGACCGAGCACAUUAGUCAGCAUAUACUUUACACGAGACAUCCGGAGCCAGAGAAUCACUAUCGCUUGGAAAAUCCGAUGAUAUUGAAGGUCGUUGCAACUUUGAUAAGACAGUCGAAACAAACGGAACAGCUUCUCGAGGUGAAAAAACUCUUUUUGUCCGACAUGACGUUGUUGUGUAACAACAAUCGUGAAAACAGACGUACGGUCCUUCAGAUGUCCGUGUGGCAAGAGUGGCUUAUUGCUAUGGCUUAUAUUCAUCCGAAAAACACGGAAGAACAGAAAAUCUCCGACAUGGUUUAUUCGCUUUUCCGGAUGUUGUUGCAUCACGCGAUCAAGCACGAAUACGGAGGCUGGCGAGUUUGGGUCGAUACUUUGGCCAUUGUUCAUUCCAAGGUGUCGUAUGAAGAAUUCAAACUUCAAUUCGCACAAAUGUACGAACAUUACGAACGGCAGAGAUCGGACAAUAUAACCGAUCCCGAGGUCAGACAACAAAGACCAAUUAGCACGAUAUCAGGAUGGGAUCAACAACAUUCUGGGAACAAUGGUUACGGUAGACCAGCCACUUGGACCGUUCAACCUAACCAAGAAAUGCAACAUAUAGAGAGAAAUUACAAGGAACUCGAUGAAUCGAACGAUCGUCUAGAGGAAUCCUGCAGCUGCGAUUUGAACUCGAUCGAUAACACAGAGAGCGACGGUAGUCCGUCGAUGGUGAAAUCUCGUAGCGAAACUCUUGAAACUCCACAAUUGAGCGAGGUCAUAUCGUUGGAUUCUCGUUUGAGUGAAAACCCCGAUACUCCAACGACAGCCCUCGAGAAUCAUACGGGGGGAACGCCGACGAUAUUGGAGGAAGCGAAUAGCGAGGCUAUUUCACUACCGACGACGACCCAAGAGACGAGCGAGAUUCUGUCGAUCGAGAGCUCCAGCGAUUUGUACAGCGAAGUAAGAAAAAAUGGCUCCUCCAGUCCAGAGUCGGUAAUUCACGAGAUGACUAAUAAGACCGAGGAAGAGAUCGAGAAUCAUAUGCUCGAACACGUUAAUAAUGUUGUCGUAACCGUAAUAGAACCACCACCCGUGAUGGAUGAUUCGGAAUCUGAGAUUCCAUAUUCAGAAAAUACGUCGCAACAAGCUAUUACGAGCCCCGCGACGAUUGACGAACACGAAGUGACGAAAACAGAUCCCGAGGUGGGAGCAAAGAAUGUUAUCGAAAAUGAAAAUUCCGCCGUACAAACAGGAAGCGAGGAGAAUCGCCUUAUAAGUGACGUUACAGGUGCCACUAUUCCAUUUACCGAAUCUAUCGAAUCGAUUGGUAUAAUCACGCGAGAGAUUGGACAGUUGGAGGAAAAAACGAAAGUCGAAGAGGAAUCGCCGUUGGUAGAAGCAACGGUAGAAGAAGAUCCAAGUGAAAUAGUGACCGAAGAGGGAACUUUGAGUAUCGUUGAAUGCAAGAACGAAGAGUGUGCCAAAGAAAUCGAGAAGGAGGAGCAAGAAAUUGAAGCGAAAUCCGAGGAAAGGUUGGAGCUGGAGAAAAUUGAGGGAUCAAAAGUUGUUAAUAACGAUGAGUCAACGAUAUUUCAAGAGGGUAUCGGAGGAACUUGGCAAAAAAUCGUUCCCGAAAUCGAAACGGCAGCCGCCUCGCUUGAUCUCGACAAAACCCUCGACGAAAAUGUUACUGUGCUGUCGAUAAAGCAGCAAAAUGUCGAAUCGAUCGAAGAAACGGGUAACGAAAAUCCAAAGGUGUUGACGGAACAGGUGCCACAAGUUUCCGAAGUUGGUAAAAAAGAAAAUUCGUCCAAGCCACAAGAGGUUCAAGACGCGGUGGAUGAACCAUUAGAAAAGAAGCAGGUCGAAGCAUCGGGACUCAAUGAAGGAAACGAGGCAAUAUUGAGUAUAGUGGAGAAUGAUGAAAAAACGAUCGAAACGGAAAAUGAUAGAACGGAAUAUAAAGUUGAAACGAAUGAAGAAAAAACAAAUCGGGAGACGAACGAUGAUUCGACAGAAGAAACUCAAAUUUCGAAAGAGGAGAGUAAGGAUGAGUGUACUAAGGAGUCGAAGGAAAGUAACGAUAAGGUCGAAGAUGAUGUAAAAAUCUAUAAUUGCUCAACUAGCGUAAACGAAGAGACGAAAAGUGGUGGUGGUGAUGGUGGUGGCGAGUCCGGGAACGUCACUACGGUGACGGAAGAAGCGAAGAAAUCGGACGGCGAAGGAACACAGUCGCAUGAAACUAAGGCUGAAAGAGAAAAGGAGACGAUCGAGAAAAAGGAGAAUGAAGUUUUCGAAAAUAGUGAAUUAAGCAGAAGCGUGUGUUCUCUCGAUUCUUCGAAAGACGAUAAAAGUGGUGUUAUUAUAAAUGAUAAUUUCCGCAAUGAAAAUACGACGAAUGAUGUAUAUUCGAGGGUACCGUCCAAUAUUUCUAAUAGCGAUACAAGUGAUAAUACAAAAAUGACGAGGGACGCUAACGCGAUUAACGACGUAACCGAUCUUGUUAACGAUAGUGUUUUUAAUAGCAGCAAUGUUCAAAGUACUGUAAAUAACGAGACUCAAGUGCCAAAUUCGAAACAUCAAAUACCAACAAUAUCUACGGUCUGUGAUGCAACUAAAAGUUUACCCGAUGGUGUGCCUCAUAACGUUAGUGAUAAUGCGAUCGAAAGGGACGAUUCUCUUUCGAGCCAACAUGUGACUCAAGAACACAUCGAUGUUCAUCGCAGAUCGAGCCUACCCAAUGUCAACAACGACAAUCUCGUUGACGACAACUCAUCCGAUCAACCACCCUCGUUACCCUUACCUCUGAGAAAAAACUCGUCACCCCAAAAAAGACCAAGGAGUGCCUCUACGUCCACUCAAGUGGAUCCUAAUCAUUUCGAGUCGAAGAGAGCAAAACAAGGAAAUCCCUCGACGACACGGCCGAUGUUUAGUCCGGGCCCAACUAGACCGCCCUUCCGAAUACCCGAAUUCAAAUGGUCUUACAUACAUCAGCGAUUACUUUCGGACGUGCUUUUCUCUCUUGAAACCGAUAUACAAGUCUGGAGAAGUCAUUCCACCAAGUCAGUACUCGAUUUCGUUAAUAACAGCGAAAAUGCUAUUUUCGUUGUGAAUACCGUUCAUCUGAUAUCACAAUUAGCGGACAAUUUGAUUAUUGCCUGCGGUGGUUUACUUCCGUUGUUGGCUUCGGCAACAUCUCCAAACAGUGAAUUGGAUGUAAUAGAGCCAACACAGGGAAUGCCGAUCGAAGUUGCAGUAUCGUUUCUGCAAAGACUAGUCAAUAUGGCGGACGUACUUAUAUUCGCGAGUUCGUUAAAUUUUGGCGAGCUCGAGGCAGAAAAAAACAUGUCGAGUGGUGGAAUUUUGCGACAAUGUUUGCGAUUGGUCUGUACUUGUGCUGUUAGAAACUGCUUAGAGUGUAAAGAACGCGGCAGAUCGUACAGCAUGUUAGGUCGGCAGAUUGGUACUAGUAAUAAAUCACAGCACAUACAAUCCCUCAUACGGGGAGCACAAACGUCGCCCAAGAAUAUUGUGGAAAAUUUGGCGAACCAAAUGAGCCCAGUUAAAGAUCCGGAAAAGCUCUUGCAAGACAUGGACGUUAAUCGUCUAAGAGCUGUUAUUUACAGAGAUGUUGAGGAAACCAAGCAGGCACAGUUUCUGUCUCUGGCUAUAGUUUACUUCAUCUCUGUAUUAAUGGUCUCCAAAUAUCGUGACAUACUAGAACCCCCGAUUUCUCAGCGUCCGCCGAGUCCCGUUCAAACGAUACAGACAAAUGGUGCUAAUCUGAGAACGGGUAGCCCAUCAGGAGAUGGGAAUGGUGGUGGAGGAGGGCGGCCAUUGUUUCCACAGUGGUCACACCACGUGUAUCCUCAGUUCCUCCCGGGUACUCACCCCAACGCCAAUACCAAUGCCAAUGCGAACCACCAUAUGAGCCAGCACCACCACCAGCACCCGCUACCGGCUGCCAGGCACUCUAAUCGCCAGACCCCAUCCAGCUAUUAUCUCCCGAAUCAUCACAGCAACCAUUAUAAUAAUCAUCAUCCGAACAAUUAUAAUUAUCAUCGUCACCAUCAUUAUCAUCAUCACAAUAACAACAAUCAUCAUCACCCGCUUCAAAAGCAUAACGAACAACCCCGAAAUCUCUAUCAUAGAAACUCCGGUGUUGGUCUGCAAGGAAGCGGAGGAAUAAUAAGCCAGUCGGGAUCUCAAGACGAUGGUGAAUACGAAGUGAUAAUUGUCGAUGAAAACAAUUCGUCUAUCCUUGCUGAUCACGACGUCACGUCAUCCGGUCCUCCUUCGACGAAAGGGGGUCACAGCGGUGCACCUCGAUCGCGGACAAUCCACGAGGAUUACGCCUCGUCGGAACAGACGCUUGGCGCUUUGACGAGGUCCGAGCCAGUCGCACGAAAUAUUCAGAGCAAUGACUCUAGCGAAGAGGCGAUGCAACGCAGUAAUAUCACGGCUGAUCCAAGUCCGUCCGACAUUACGACUGACAACGAGAAUAAAUUAAAUUCUUCGGAGGAGGCUUGGACAGAUGUCAAUCUCAACGAAGACGGUGACAAUUUACCAAUUACCAAUCCCCGUGAAGAUCCAAGAAACAUUCACAACAUUGGACAUGUACAUGGUGAUCCGGACAGUGAGGGGAAUGUUUUGGAACAAGAUAACCUGUGCGAUCCGGGACGUGGAGAAAAACCAGCUGCCGAAAUUUCAGUCGUUCGCGUUCCUGAUAGACUCGUGGUCAGCGCAGCAUCGCCCCGUCCCGAUGAUUUGCCGAUCAAGGGGCUCGUCGAACAUAUACCUGUCCCCACGCCUUCUCGCGAAGCUUCUCUUACCCAAAAGCUAGAAAUGGCGCUUGGCUCCGUUUGUCCAUUGCUCCGGGAAAUUAUGGUCGAUUUUGCGCCAUUUUUAUCGAAAACCCUUGUUGGAUCGCACGGACAGGAGCUCCUAAUGGAAGGUAAAGGUUUGACGACCUUCAAGAAUAGCAAUUCCGUGGUCGAGCUCGUGAUGCUUCUGUGUUCCCAAGAGUGGCAGAAUUCAUUGCAGAAACACGCUGGCCUCGCUUUUAUCGAACUCAUCAAUGAGGGAAGAUUGCUCUCCCACGCGAUGAAAGAUCACAUUGUACGAGUCGCGAACGAGGCAGAAUUUAUAUUAAACAGGAUGCGCGCUGACGAUGUCCUGAAACACGCGGACUUCGAGUCUCAAUGCGCCCAGAGUCUUCUCGAUCGCAGAGAGGAAGAAAGGAUGUGCGAUCAUCUAAUAACCGCAGCGAGAAGACGCGAUAACGUUAUAGCUAGUAGACUGCUUGAAAAAAUUCGCAACAUACUGUCCAACAAGCACGGAGCCUGGGGCUACAUGGAUCCAUUGGCAGCCAAGUUGGCUGAAUAUUGGAAGCUCGAUGCCUGGGAGGAUGAUGCACGUAGACGGAAGCGUUUCGUUCAUAAUCCCUUGGGCUCGAGUCAUCCGGAAGCCACGCUCAAAGCGGCUUUGGAACACGGUGCUCCGGAAGAUGCGAUCCUUCAAGCACGGGAGGAGUUCCACGCCCAUUUGGCAGCGUCGCGCGCCCAUCAGCAACAACUACAGUCAGCCGAUCUCAUGGACGACAGUGAAUUGCUCUCGGAUGAUCGCGAUCUCGACAAUGAUCUCGUCGGCCCGGUUAAUAUCAGCACGAAAGGAAAAAUCGUCGCUCCUGGAAUCGUUGCACCGGGUAUCGUUUCAAUAACUUCGACUGAACUCUACUUUGAGGUCGACGAGGAGGAUCCGGAGUUCAAAAAAAUCGACACCGAGGUCCUCAAAUACUGCGAUCAUUUACAUGGAAAAUGGUAUUUCUCCGAAGUUCGGGCGAUAUUUUCUCGUCGCUAUUUAUUGCAAAAUGUGGCCAUCGAGAUAUUCCUCGCGAGCAGAACUUCGAUCCUGUUCGCGUUCCCAGAUCAAGCUACGGUGAAAAAGGUGAUCAAGGCGCUACCGCGGGUCGGUGUUGGCAUCAAAUACGGAAUACCCCAGACCAGGAGAGCCUCGAUGAUGUCACCACGACAAUUAAUGAGAAAUUCAAAUAUGACGCAAAAAUGGCAGCGACGGGAAAUAUCGAAUUUCGAGUACUUAAUGUUUCUCAACACGAUUGCGGGCCGUACGUAUAACGACUUGAACCAAUAUCCGGUUUUUCCCUGGGUGUUGACGAACUACGAGACCAAAGAACUCGAUCUUAGCUUACCCAGCAAUUAUCGAGACUUAUCCAAGCCCAUUGGUGCCCUCAAUCCGUCGAGGAGGGCAUACUUCGAGGAACGCUUUCAAAGUUGGGAACACGACAGCAUCCCACCUUUUCACUACGGGACUCAUUAUUCGACUGCUGCGUUCGUCCUUAACUGGCUCAUACGAGUGGAACCAAUGACGACCAUGUUCCUUGCUCUUCAAGGUGGAAAGUUCGAUCAUCCGAACAGGCUGUUCUCAUCGGUGGCACUUUCGUGGAAAAACUGUCAGCGCGACACGUCCGACGUCAAGGAACUAAUACCGGAAUUCUUCUUCCUACCGGAAAUGUUGGUGAACAGCAACCGUUAUCGUUUGGGUAGACAAGAAGAUGGAAGUUCCGUUGGUGACGUUGAACUUCCACCCUGGGCAUCCUCUCCCGAAGAAUUUAUUCGAAUCAAUCGAAUGGCCCUGGAAUCUGAGUUUGUCUCUUGCCAACUUCACCAGUGGAUCGACUUAAUAUUCGGCUACAAGCAGAGAGGACCCGAGGCAGUUCGUGCGACCAACGUUUUUUACUAUUUGACCUAUGAGGGUAGUGUUGAAUUAGAUACCAUCACCGAUCUCGUGAUGAAGGAAGCGAUCGAGAAUCAAAUAAGAAAUUUCGGCCAGACCCCGUCUCAACUUCUUAUGGAACCUCACCCCCCUAGAAGUUCGGCAAUGCAUUUGUCUCCGAUGAUGUUCUCGAGUAUUCCCGACGACGUGUGUAUGACAAUAAAAUUCCCAUCGAAUUCACCGAUUUGUCACAUCUCUGCCAACACCUAUCCCCAACUGCCAUUACCGUCGGUCGUCACUGUCACGACGGGACAACAAUUUGCCGUUAAUCGUUGGAACACCAAUUACGCUGCAUCUGUCCAAUCACCGAGUUAUGCGGACACGCCACAAGCCCAAUCGAUCAACCAACCUUUGUCGAUGGAUCCCGUUUUGUCUCAAACAUCGAAUAGCUCGAAUCCAGCCCUGCGUCGUCAUUUGGGCGAUAAUUUCAGUCAAAAACUAAAAAUUCGUAGCAACUGUUUCGUCACGACUGUCGAUAGUCGGUUUUUAGUGGCGUGUGGAUUCUGGGACAAUAGUUUUAGAGUUUUUUCCACAGAAACAGCCAAGAUCGUACAAAUCGUGUUUGGUCAUUACGGUGUCGUGACUUGUCUGUCACGAAGCGAGUGUAACAUAACAUCCGAUUGUUACAUCGCUUCUGGUAGCGCUGACUGCACAGUAUUGCUGUGGCAUUGGAACGCUCGAACGCAGACGAUCGUGGGUGAGAGCGAAGCUCCUGCGCCACGAGCAACUCUAACAGGUCACGAGCAACCUGUCACCGCGGUAGUUAUUUCGGCGGAGCUCGGUCUAGUAGUUUCUGGUUCAUAUUAUGGCCCGGUCUUGGUACACACGACGUUCGGUGACCUUUUGAGAUCGUUAGACCCUCCAAAUGGUUUCAAUUCGCCUGAAAACAUCGCUAUGUCUCGUGAGGGUGUGAUCGUAAUAAAUUACGAACGUGGACACAUUGCCGCAUUUACUAUCAACGGAAAGAGGCUACGACACGAAGCUCAUAAUGAUAAUCUUCAAUGUCUACUGUUAAGCAGAGACGGCGAGUACUUGAUGACCGGCGGAGAUAAGGGUAUUGUCGAGGUCUGGAGAACCUUCAAUCUCGCUUUACUCUACGCUUUUCCCACCUGCGAGAGUAGCGUUCGCUCAUUAGCUCUCUCUCACGAUCAAAAAUUCCUUUUGGCUGGUCUGGCAAACGGUUCCAUCGUUAUUUUCCACAUUGACUUCAACAGAUGGCACCACGAGUUUCAGCAGCGAUACUGAAAUUACGGAUUCCUGUACGUGCGCUAUUAGGAAACAUAAACAAAAGAAGUUUCCGUCGUUGAACGUCUCGUUACAACGUAUGGGAAUGAAAAUGAGGGUGCUAAAGUACAAUCGAACAUUCCGUAUAAAAGCCGAACAUUCCGAAGGCAUUAGGUUUUGUAAGGAACGUUUUAUCGACGCGCGUAUGAUAGUUUUUUUUAUCGGCCGAAGUAAUCGAUAAAAUUUUCUUACUUACCGACUCACCGAUGAUAAUGGGCUCUCGGUGCGAAAGCAUCGAUUGAUUUAAUGACAAUUCACGUGGACUCAUAGCAACGUCAAUCGUGUGUAGUAUUGUGGAAAGCAACGCUCGACGUAGCAAACAAAUACCAUAUUAUCAAUAAAUAAUUGAGAGCGAUUUUAUACGGUUAACGAUACAAGUGAAGUAGAUCGAUCAAUUUCGCCGUUGGGGUACUGUGGCAAAAGGAUCUUCAAGUUCCAUAUUUCCCCUUCGGUUCAUCGAGAUCUAUACCGAAUGUACUAGAAGUGAGAAGAGAAAAAAAAUAACGAGGGAAGAACCAGGUAGCGCAUAUAACGCUAGUCAAUUACGAAAGAUCCUUAACUCGAUAUUGUUGGGAUUUAAACGGAAGCUUUGACCUUGAGUCGCAAAAAUAUAGAGACCUCGGGUAAAUUUGAGAGUUAUGCUAACGACAAUGUUUCCCAAUGAAGGGGGAGGGGAAGUAACGUAUGCCAAACGAUGAAUAACCUUUAUACCUUGUGUUAUAUUGCUGUUGUUUCAUUUUAGCUCGCAAUCCGUCGAAGUGAGAUGGUUUGGUCGUUGUUUACACUAGUAAUUCCUGUUGUAAAUACGAUAAUCUUCGGUGUUAUAGAAUGCCAUUUGUAUUUAAAAAAAGAAAGCCCACACGAGGUACACACAUAUAUGGUACGCAAACAGAAUAUAGCAUUACCCCACGCUGGCACUUUCGCCUUUAUAUUUCAAACAAUUCUUUCCCCGCUAACGAGCAACCAUGAUCACGAGUACAUUUGAGAAAUACUGAAGAUCACACAUUGAUGAACAAAUGUUGAAUAUUUCUUUGAUUCAUUUUCGAACGAUGUGUUUCUUUUUCAUAAUCAAAUUAAUUCUUUUCAUAUUUUAAGGCGAACGAAUUUAGAGGAAUAUUUUUACAACAAACACCGAGUGUUGGCAAAAAUUCUAGAUUCGUCUGCAAUUUUUCUCACGCGUUCCUUGAAAAAACGCUUACCAAGAAAUGUUAGCGACUAAAAAUGUUAAUUUUAUCAAAGCCGUCCAGCUUAAAUCCGCCAGUAUAUUUCUCGAUAUUUUCGCGAACGGGUCACGUGUACUUAAACCGAAGGAAAUGUGAAAAAAUGACGGAAAGAAAAAUGAAAAAAACAAAGAAAUAAAACAAGAAUAUCGAAGCCGGGACCGAAUAUGCGAAUAACAAAGUAAAAACAAAGUAAAAACAAUUAACAUAGGCUAUUUGGGUGAUGAAAGAAAAAUCCAAUUAUUGUAGUAGAUGCAACUGUGCAGAUAUGCGUAAGUGAGAUCAAAUUCUCGGAUGAGCCGGAAGAAAAUAAGUACGAAGCGAAAAACAAAGAUUUGAAAGAAAUAAUCAUGAGUGGUAAAAAACUAUUAAGACGGCUUUAUCGGUUCACCUGUUUUUUCUUUUUUUUUUUUAAUUGCUCAGAUUGAUGAACUUUACGCGUAUAUAGAAAAUGCUAAUAUCCGUGAGAUAUUCAUAUAUAUAUAUAUAAUAUAUAAUGGUGCAAAUGCACCGAAAAAUAUUCCGCGUAUGCAAUCGAAUAGUCAAAGGAAAUCGAAACGAUAAUGAGAGGAUAAUAUUUAUAUCCUGGUCAUAAAAUAGGCACGUGCUUUUGUAAUGACUACACUAUUUUGUCACCAAUAAUAAAAAUAUACAUAUACAUCUGUUUGAAUUAAUGAAGGAAUAUUGAGUAGCCCGUAUUUCGUUAAAUCAUUUAAAAACAAACCUCUGAACUGAAUCUCUCAUGAUUUUCUUCGUGUUGUUUGAACAUUUUUGCAAAUGACGAUUUGAAAUAGACCAAUAUUAACGCCUUUUGCGUUUUCAAAUUCUCGAUUCAUUUUGUAAACACACAAAACUCGGUAUCAGCAUUAUCUCUAGAGGAAGGAGGGAGUUACUGUUUUAUGAAUUGUGAGCGAAAGGAUGAUAAUGAAUGAUUCGGCGAUGCGCAAACGUGCAUGGGAAAAAAAUACUCCAUACGGAGACGGAAGGAAUUUUUCACACAACUUCAUAUACUCGCCGAAUGGAAUCAUUACCUUUUAUUGAUGUUCUCACGCACACUUAAGAUCCAGCUAGUCAAGAAUUAAGUACAUAAGAGAGAACAAAAAAUCAACCUUCGCAGUUCCAAGUGUUUUAGCCGUCAGGGUUAAUUUUGAAUUGAGUAAUAAUGAUAUAUUGUACGCUUAACUAAAUACAUAAAGAAUAAAUUUUAUGAUCUAUGUAUAAGUGCAUGGAGCCGUUGUCUUAGCAAUCAACCACUUAUGCUUGAACAUUUCAUCAUAAUUCAUAAUACGGACAAAAAAUUCAAAAGGUAGAGAGGACAAAUGGAAAAAAAAAAAAAAAAAAAACAGGACAUGUAAUUUAUAAUAUCAAUAUCGUGGUGCAUUGCCGUUACGGACUUGUUAAAACGGUCUCUGUACUCGAGAACAUAGUAGAAUUAAUGGAAAAGCCUUCGCCUGUAAUGUGUGUUUUUCUGUGUGAACAAAGAGUUAAAAACGAAGCAAAAUAAUCAGAGUCUUACGAUUAAAACGCGGUCAGGUUAUUGUUUGGGGAAAUAGUAUUAUUAUUGCAUCUGGUGCUUUCGAAUCAACAUUAUCUUGCGAGCGUACGAAAGAAACGUUCUAUUCUCGAGUUUUUAAGCUACAAAUGAAAUUUAAAAAACUGACACAACAAUGAUUCGUUUCGAAACCAUUGGCACUGCCGAGAAGGAUUUUUAACAUAUUUGUUUGUGACUGUCCGAAUUUGAAAGGACAUCUGACAUUUAUCUAGGCUCGUAGUGCUGGCUGCUGAACAGUACCAAGAUGAAAAAGAAAACCGAUCAACAAAAAAUGAAAUAUACGAUAGCUCAAGAGAAAACACGUGCGUUUUUUGAUUGACGAAAAAGCGGAUUUCGCAAGCAAGAAUUUUUUAUAUUUGUUUAUAGGUGUGUGAAAGUGUGAAAAUGCUGUCGCCUCGACGCGAGUUUGUUAGUGAAUUCCCUCCAUAAACUACUGAAUAAAAUGUUAACUCAAAUCAAUAUCUGUCCGAAACUCAUAAAAGAGGAGAGCAAAACGAAGAAAAAAGGGGGGGAAAAAAAGAACGAAACAAAAUAUAAUCAUAAAAAUAAACAAACAACUUCGGUAUAAUUAAUGCUAUUUUGAAUAACGCUAAGUACAACGCUAUGAGAGUUUGCCUACAUUAUUAUUAUGAUCACUUGUGAAUCAGGAGAAAAAAAUUGAUACAUAGAAAUGGGGAAACGAAGAAAACACUUGGGAAUUCGGUGCAAAAUAUACGUGUGUCCGCGUCUGCCAAUAUUCAAAUUCACCUGUAUAUGCAUAUACAUGUAACGACCGAUGUGAAAUUGAAUAGAAUAUAAGUAUUGACAAUGAUGCGGCAUAACAUAACGAUAGCAGAGAUUUGUAUAUUCGACGAAAAUAAGCACACUCGAUGUUUACGUGUCAAGUUGUUUAAUUUGGCCCAUAAUUGUUAUCAAUAUUAUCUUUAUGAACAAUAUGAUUAUUAUGAUUAUCAUUAUUAAUAUUAUAUACCAAUAAAAUCCAAAGUGUAAAGCUAUGUAAAUUUUAACCGAGGUUUUCGUUAGUGUUGUUUACGAUAAAAAGUACCUACACACGUUUUAUUACGAAUCAUUUAUUUCCCUCCUCCUCGUGAGGUUACCACGAUGGAAUAUUAACGACGAGAAUUUAAGCUAGCCGGAAAAUCGUAAUUGAAUACAAUGAUAAAUGCUUUGACAUAAGUGGACAAUUUAGGCAAGAAGAACGCGAGCAUAAUUUGAAGAAUGAUGAUCGUGAAAAAGCUGAAAUUAAUAUAACUUUUGCAUAAUUGGAUAGGCCUAAAUAUUCCGCGGAUCGUUGCGCAAAAAUGUGACGAAUCCGAUUCCCUGCGAUUCCGUAUUUUUCAAUAUCUAGUUUCCCUUUGCAGUCGAGCAUUACUGGCUAUUAUUAUUAUUGAUGUUAAAAAAAAACUUUUAUUUGAUGGAUAAAUAAGAGACACGAGAAAAAAUCCAUAUUGAAAGAAAAAAACAACUUUGAAGCUUAUUCUGCAAGGAGCCGAAAAUGCGCGCGUGCGUGCGCACGCGCGCGCGUGUAUGUGUGUGUGCGUGUAUGCAGUGCGAGUUAUCUAAAAUCGUUGCUACUUACGACAAGCUCUAUUACUUAUUUUAUACUUAGAAAUAUCGUUGAAGUAAGAAGCGAGAGAGAGAGAGAGAGAGAGAGAGAGAGAGAGAGAGCGAGGAAAACAAGGACAAGCUGUUUCACAUAGAAAUAAUACUUAAUGGGCAAGUUGUAUCUCAGAAUAAGGUAGACUAAUAUGUAAAAAAAAAAAAACUCGAAAAACAAGUAGAGAAAUAAAUGCAAAGUACAUUUGA